ACGCAAAAGGCCUUCCGGCUGAACACCGUGCGCGCCGACCAGGCAGCCGGCAUCGUCAACUUCGUGUCAUCAGACAUCCAGAAGAUCUACGAUGGUGCCAUGGAGCUGCACUACCUGUGGACCGCCCCCUUCGAGGCCGCCGCCAUCCUGGGCCUGCUGGGCUACCUCACCAACGACUCCAUGCUUCCCGGUCUGGGCGUCAUCCUGUUGGUGCUUCCGCUGCAGUACUUUUUCGGCUGGAAGAUCAUCCAGCUGAAGCUCAAGGGCGCAGAGCUGGUGGCGUCCCGCAGCAGCGUCAUUCAGGAGGUGCUGCCCGCCAUCAAGCUGGUCAAGUACUACGCGUGGGAGAACUUCUUCGAGGAGCAAAUCAACAAGGUACGCCGUGAGGAGCUGCGCCUGUCCUUCUGGAACGCCGCCAUGAAGGUCGUCAACGUGGCGUGUGUGUUUUGCGUGCCUCCCAUGACCGCCUUCGUCAUCUUCGUGAACUACGAGUUCAACAAGGCGCGGCUGGUGUCCGCGGUGGCCUUCACCACGCUCUCGCUGUUCAACAUCCUGCGCUUCCCGCUGGUGGUACUGCCCAAGGCGCUGAGGGCGGCGUCGGAGGCCCGUGCCUCCCUGCAGCGCCUGGAGGCCUACCUGCUGGAGGACACCCCGGCCACCACCGCAACCGGAGCAGCAGCGACCCGUGGGACGCUCUCCGCCUCCCCCUCCUCCGCGAAGCUCUGCGGGCUGCCGGCGGCGGCGGGCGCUCACCUGGACAACACGGUAUUCCACCACCCCGCCAACCCCAACUGGCACCUGCACAUCCCGCGCUUCGACGUGCGGCCGGGUCAGGUGGUGGCGGUGGUGGGUCGCAUCGGCGCAGGCAAGUCCUCUCUCAUUCAGGCGCUGCUGGGUAACAUGGUGAAGGAGCACGGAGCAAUGCAGGUGGGCGGCCGCAUUUCCUACGUGCCCCAGAACCCCUGGCUCCAGAACCUCUCCGUCCGCGACAACGUGCUGUUCGGAGAGGAGUGGGACCAGGCCAAGUACGAC